AUGGCCUUUUCUGAAUGUCAUAAGAAAUUGAUCCGGACAAGCCUCAGGGUGUCAGACGAUUUGAAGCACGUGAAUUCCUUGUUUCGCGAUGUUCUAAUUGAAUAUCUGUUUGAGGAUAUUCUUGUUAAACUAAAAGGAAUUGUGGCGAAUAACUUUUCUACUAAUAAUUCAAUAGAAGGUAGGGUUAUUUGUAAGUGUUGAAUCUUGUAGGUCCUGUUUUGCUCAAGGUAUUGGGAACGUGCAGUGAUGUUGAUCUCCUCUUGUCUGUGGUUUAUAAAAAUCUAGAGGCCUCAAAUAUAGAUAGGUUGAUCUGCAAUGGGAGCAAGAGUCCUUUCCAUUUGCUGGGAGAGGCCGUUAAAAUCAAUGUAGGUUUGGUUACGGUAAUUCUUGAAUUCUUUUUUUAGGAGAAUGGGAGGAUCCCGCUAAUUUUUGUCGUCAAUUCUGUAAAAUUCAAAUAUUCCUUGGCUCUACUUGAUGGUUUGUUAACUGAGUAUGUUUCCCUUAACGAAGUAAACAUUGUUUUAGCUUCUGAUUUAUGUUUUUACAGAGAAGUUAAAUCGAUUUUGAUAAUGUUUUGCAACGAAAGCCAAUCCUUUAAUCUGCCUGCCGUUAUUGAGCAGUCCAUUGUCGUUGAAUAUUUUAAUGUGAAGAACCCCACAAAUGCUGUCAAAGAUGUUUUAUACCGAUUUUUUUGUCUCUUGCCUGAGAAACUCGGCCUCUUUUUGGGUGGCGAUCUUCUCCUAGAGAUGAUGAAGAGGUUUACGGAAACUAGGCAAUCCUUCAUGGAUAUGGAAGUUGUUAUCUCAACUUCGAUUUCCCAACAUUUGAUGAAUCUGAAUACGACCACUAUUCCUGAAAGUACUUCCAAAAUCAGCACUUAUCUGGCUGUCCUCAAGGCAUUCUCUGUUUUCCUCAGAAUGGCCGAAAUAUUGCCGAAGUAUCAAUUCAGAUCGGUGAAUGGACAUGAGUCUCUUGGAUUCUACAUUGAUUUACAUAACGAGGAGGAUUAUAUAGAUAAUGUCUUCAAACAGUAAGUGGCUUCAUUAAACGGAUGCUAGAUAUGUUUAGGAUCCAUGGUUCAUCUAGGUUAAAACGAAAGGAAGAAUGGUUGAAAUUCUUUGAGCAGGUUGAGGGGUUGUUCGAUAUUAAUAAUGGAAAUGGUUCAUCUGAUAUGGGGCAUGUCUUAGCAGAGAUCAAGAAACUGAAGGAAGACGUGUUGAAGACUGAGGUCAUGUCAGCUACUGACCUUAUGAGUAUGUUUUCAAUCGUGUUAUUAUACAUCUUAUAUUAUUGAUCCUUCAAGUUAAUUGUUGCGUUUCAGAAGAGAAUCUGAACAAGAGUCCGUCACGAAGGAAACCGAUCAAAGAACAUAAUUAUUUUGCCGACGUCGUAAACGACGUCCACAAGAUGUUUAAAACUCAUUUGAAGAAGCUACCAAAGUCGCAUGUGGUGAACCUAGCCCCAGUGUUUAACCCAGCGAAAGAAGUCGACGUUCCCAAGGAUCCCGUGCUCCGAGAUCUAAUUGAAUGCGGGUGUAUAUAA